AUGAACGUUACGAGUAUUUUUGGUCGAAUUAUUCUGGGGAUAUUAUUUGAUAAGAGUACUCCCGUUGGCGGUGUUGUCCUCAAUGAUCACGGCCAUACAUCUCUCUGGAUAUUCUUCGGUGCCCUUGUCGCAGCUUCAGAAGGUGUCUGGGCUUCUUUGCAUACUCCGAGGUGA